UGUGGUUCUGAAAACAUGUCGCCUUGGAUUUUGAGUAAAAAUUUAGCAUGCAUUGAGUCGUUGCUUCAAAUCCCAAACAGUGUCAGUGUACAGAAAAAGAAAUGGCACUCUGCCUUUGUUACCAUCUAUUGUUCUAGAGCCCUGUUGUCCAUUUACAAAAAAUCUGUAACCAAAAAUCCCAGUAUCGAAAUCCCACUUUCUUCUUCCUACACUGUCAUUAAUGUCAAACCAGAAAUUGAGUCAUUCCAAAUCGAUCAAACCAGCCUGGUUGAGCUUCUUAAGGAGAAGAAUCUUGCUCAGCUUCAACAACUGGGAGGGAUUGAUGGUGUAGUUUCAGCUCUCAAAACUGGUGCAGAACAAGGUAUUUCCAGUGAUGAUGAAGAAGUUGCUGCUAGACGCGAAGCUUUUGGUUCAAACACAUAUACAAAACCACCUUCAAGAGGUUUUCUGUCUUAUGUUUGGGAAGCCCUUCAAGACCUUACCAUUGUCAUCCUCAUGGUAUGCGCUGCACUUUCUCUUGGUUUCGGCAUGAAAGUUCAUGGAGCCAAAGAAGGUUGGAUUGAUGGUGUAAGCAUAAUUAUAGCCAUUUUUCUUGUCAUUGCUGUUUCUGCAGUUAGUAAUUUCAGGCAAAAUAGACAGUUUGACAAAUUGUCAAAAGUAAGCAACAAUAUACAAAUUGAUGUCUUAAGAGGUGGUCGGAGACAAAAGAUUUCGAUCUUCGAAAUCUUAGUCGGUGAUGUGAUUUGCUUAAAGAUUGGAGAUCAAGUUCCAGCAGAUGGUUUGUUCCUAGAAGGUCAUUCUCUUCAAAUUGAUGAAUCUAGCAUGACAGGGGAGAGUGACCAUGUUGAAAUUAACCGUGGCCAAAAUCCAUUCUUGUUUUCUGGAACAAAGGUGGUCGAUGGCUAUGGCCGAAUGGUGGUCACUUCAGUUGGAAUGAACACAACAUGGGGACAAAUGAUGAGCCAACUCAGUCGUGAUUCCAACGAGCAAACUCCAUUACAAGCUCGGCUCAACAAGCUCACAUCUUCAAUAGGCAAGGUUGGUCUGGCAGUUGCUUUCAUUGUUCUUGUUGUCUUGUUUGUUAGAUACUUCACAGGGACAACAAAAGAUGAGAAUGGAAAUCAGGAAUUCAUUGGCGGCAAGACCAAGUUCGAUGACAUUUUGAAUUCUUCAGUGGAAUUUAUAGCAGCUGCUGUCACCAUUGUUGUGGUUGCUAUACCAGAAGGAUUGCCAUUAGCCGUGACACUAACUCUCGCUUAUUCAAUGAAGAGAAUGAUGGCUGAUAAAGCAAUGGUGAGGAAGCUCUCUGCUUGCGAAACCAUGGGCUCAGCCACCACCAUUUGUACAGACAAAACAGGUACUCUGACCAUGAACCAAAUGAAAGUCACAAAGUUUUGGCUUGGCAAGGAAUCUACGGAACAAUUAGGAGCUUAUUCUUCAGUUGCUCCGUAUGUUAUAGAAUUGUUCAGAGAGGGAAUUGCUCUGAAUACUACAGGUAGUGUAUACAGGCCAAGUUUUGGAAUGGAAUAUGAAAUCACAGGUAGUCCAACAGAGAAAGCAAUUCUUUCAUGGGCAGUUGAGGAUUUGAAUAUGGAUAUGGAGGAAAUUACAAGGAAAUGUUCAAUUCUUCAUGUUGAGGCUUUCAAUUCACAGAAAAAAAGAAGUGGGGUUUUAUUGAAGAGGAAAAUUGACGGCUCUGUUCAGGUUCAUUGGAAAGGAGCAGCAGAGAUGAUUCUAGCAAUGUGUUCGAGUUAUUACGAUGCUUCUGGAAUCAUCAAGGAUCUAGAUGAUAAUCAGAAAUCCGAAUUCCAGCAAAUCAUUCAAGGUAUGGCGGCGAGCAGUCUCCGGUGCAUAGCUUUCGCACACAACAGGGUUCAGACACAGGAGGUUCAGGAUUCUGAUGCACCUAAAUCUUUGAAAGAAGAAGGUUUAGUCCUUUUAGGACUUGUGGGUAUUAAAGAUCCAUGUCGUCCAGGGGUGAAGAGGGCUGUGGAAGAUUGCCAGUAUGCCGGAGUUAACGUCAAGAUGAUCACCGGCGACAAUGUUUUCACCGCGAAAGCCAUAGCUACAGAGUGUGGAAUACUUAGACCAGGGCAGGACACGAAAGAAGCUGUAAUAGAAGGAGAGAAAUUUCGAAACUACACAGAAGAAGAGAGAAUGGAGAAAGUUGACAAAAUCUGCGUCAUGGCAAGAUCAUCUCCAUUCGAUAAACUACUCAUGGUUCAAUGUCUGAAACGAAAAGGCCACGUCGUCGGGGUCACCGGAGAUGGCACGAAUGAUGCACCGGCAUUGAAAGAAGCUGACAUAGGACUCUCAAUGGGAAUCCAAGGCACAGAAGUUGCAAAGGAAAGCUCAGAUAUUGUCAUCUUGGAUGAUAAUUUUGCUUCAGUAGCAACGGUUCUCAAAUGGGGUCGAUGUGUCUAUAACAACAUUCAGAAAUUCAUUCAGUUUCAACUCACUGUGAAUGUUGCUGCUCUUGUGAUCAAUUUCGUCGCCGCCGUUUCCGCCGGCAAAGUUCCAUUAACGGCGGUCCAAUUGUUGUGGGUGAAUUUGAUCAUGGACACAUUAGGUGCUCUGGCUCUAGCAACAGAGAGGCCUACCAAGGAACUCAUGGAUAAACCUCCGGUGGGUAGGACUGCGCCUCUUAUCACCAACAUCAUGUGGAGAAAUCUUUUGCCCCAAGCUCUGUAUCAGAUUUCUGUGCUUCUGAUAUUGCAGUUCAAGGGAAAAUCAAUCUUCGGGGUAGAUGAGAAGGUAAAAGACACUUUGAUCUUCAACACUUUCGUGCUCUGCCAAGUUUUUUUAAUUAAUCAUCUUAGAUCUAUUAGGAAGACUGGUGACAACCAUUUUUUUUCAAUUAAUCAUCUUAGAUCUAACAGCCAUUAGGAAGGAACCAAAUAAGAUCCUUUUUAGUCAGUUUAAUCUAGAAUUAUUAGCGACUGCAACAGAAUCAACUUUUCUUUUUUUCCAAUUGCAGCAUUAGCUCUGUUAAAAGAAAACGAAGAUGAGGAGGAAACCAUAUAGAAGAA